AUGUCAGGUGAAGAGGUUGUGGUUGCAGCUGAGCCAGCUGCUACUUCCAUUCCGGGUGAGCCCAUGGAUAUCAUGACAGCUUUACAACUUGUUCUUAGAAAAUCUCUUGCUUAUGGUGGUCUUGCACGAGGCCUUCAUGAAGGUGCAAAAGUGAUUGAGAAGCAUGCUGCCCAGCUCUGUGUUUUGGCAGAGGACUGUGAUCAGCCUGACUAUGUUAAACUAGUUAAGGCUCUCUGUGCAGAGCACAAUGUUAGUCUGCUGACUGUUCCUAGUGCAAAGACCCUUGGAGAAUGGGCUGGUUUAUGCAAGAUUGAUUCCGAAGGGAAAGCAAGGAAGGUCACUGGUUGCUCUUGUGUGGUUGUCAAGGAUUUCGGUGAGGAACAUGAAGCCUAUAAUGUUGUUCUGCAGCAUGUGAAAUCCCAAUGA